CUUGGACCAGCUCUCUCUCUCUCUCUCUUCUCGUCCUUUCUUUGAGGAAGCGUACAAAAAAAAAAAUUUGAAAAUUAAAAAGGAAUAUCAAUUCUAGGGUUUGUUCCUCGAAAAUCAAUUUUCGAAUUCUCCUCCUUUUUUUCCUGAUUCUUCUGUUGGGUAUUUACGCCGAGAGAGAGAAGACGGAGAGAGGGUUUCGAAAAAGGAAGAUGAGAGGAGGCUCCGAUCUAUUUGACCCCAAGACCGACAUGGAUUCCAGUUUAUGUUCCUCCCCAGACGGUGACUUCGGUUUCGCUUUCAACGACAGUAACUUCUCCGACCGUUUGCUCCGGAUCGAGAUCAUGGGUGGGCCGUCGGAUUUUUGCACGAGUAUUGCUGAUUGGGCUCGUUUUCGCAAGAGGAGACGAGAGGAUAGUAACAAGGACAAUGGUGUUACGGUUUCAGACAUUGUGGCAUGUCCGGAAGAGCAGAUUAUAACGGACAACAACCAACCUGAUAUGGAUGAUUAUCCUGGUGGUGACGAAGAAGGAGAUGCAAUGGUGGAAGAGGCUCUAUCAGGUGACGAUGAUGCGUCUAGUGAACCAAAUUGGGGAAUGGACCAUUCUACUGUUGUUAAUGUUAAGGAACUUCAUAUUAGUUCCCCUAUCUUGGCUGCAAAAAGCCCCUUUUUCUACAAGCUCUUCUCCAAUGGAAUGAGGGAAUCUGAACAAAGACAUGUAACCCUUAGGGUUAGUGCACAAGAGGAAGGUGCUUUGAUGGAGCUUUUAAACUAUAUUUAUAGCAACUCGCUAACUGUCACAACAGCACCUGCUUUAUUAGAUGUCCUUAUGGCUGCUGACAAGUUUGAGGUCGCAUCCUGCAUGAGGUAUUGCAGCAGACUCCUCCGUAACAUGCCUAUGACCCCUGACUCCGCUUUGCUCUAUCUCGAGCUUCCCUCCACUGUUUUAAUGGCUGAAGCAGUCCAACCUCUAACCGAUGCAGCAAAACAGUUCCUUGCCUCUCGCUACAAAGAUAUUACCAAGUAUCAAGAAGAGGUUAUGGCCUUACCGUUGGCUGGAAUCGAGGCGAUACUAUCAAGCGACGACCUCCAAAUAGCUUCUGAGGACGCUGUUUACGACUUUGUGUUGAAAUGGGCAAGGGGACAGUACAGUUCAUUGGAAGACCGUAGAGAGAUUCUCGGUUCACGCCUCGCCCUCUACAUACGCUUCCCUUACAUGACGUGCAGAAAACUCAAAAAGGUACUAACAUGCAGUGACUUCGAGCAUGAAGUAGCAUCAAAGCAGGUCAUAGAAGCGCUCUUCUUCAAAGCAGAAGCUCCACACAGGCAACGCAUCCUAGCCGCAGAAGGAUCAAACUCCAAGAACCGUCGAUUCAUAGAGAGGGCUUACAAAUACAGACCCGUUAAAGUAGUGGAGUUCGAGCUCCCUCGUCCGCAAUGUGUAGUCUACCUUGACUUGAAGCGAGAGGAGUGUGCAGGACUGUUCCCUUCGGGGAGAGUCUAUUCUCAGGCUUUUCAUUUAGGUGGUCAAGGCUUCUUCCUAUCGGCGCAUUGUAACAUGGACCAGCAAAGCUCGUUCUACUGUUUUGGGCUGUUCCUUGGGAUGCAAGAGAAAGGAGCUGUGAGUUUCGGUGUGGACUAUGAGUUUGCGGCGAGGCAGAAACCUACACAGGAUUACUCGAGCAAAUACAAAGGGACCUAUACGUUUACUGGUGGCAAAGCUGUUGGUUAUAGAAACCUUUUUGCGAUUCCUUGGACUUCGUUUAUCGCUGAGGAUAGUCAGUACUUUAUCAAUGGCGUUCUUCAUCUCCGAGCUGAGCUCACCAUUAACAGACCUUAA